AUGGACUGCCCCAAGAGGAGACGCGACACGGAGGCGGCGUCGUCCGGGCUCCCCGACGACCCCCUGGUGGAGAUCCUCUCCCGCGUCCCUGCCAAGUCCCUCUGCCGCUUCAGCGACUGCGACGACGAGCCCUGCUCCUGUUACGGCGGGGACGGCGAAGCCCGCGGCGCUGAGGACAGCGACGAAGAGGAAUUGCCUCGCUAUGGUUUCGUCGACGUGUUGCAGAGAUCGGAAAGGUACUAUCAGCUAACUGUGUUAGAUGUGGAAGGGAACAUACAGAAGAUCAUCCCUCUACCAUGUCAGGCAGGCAGGGAAAGCUGGACGUUGUUUGAUUAUAUUGGACGGUCCCAAGGGUGCUUGCACUACAUCAACCAUGAAAUGGAUGAUGAAGGAUUUGACGGUGAUGGGUUAUUAAUCUGGGUUCUUGAGGACUAUGAGAGACAACAAUGGGUCCUGAAGGACACUGUAAGCUAUUCAAAGUUGUUUGGGGAAAGGAAUUGCCAUAAGGACAUUGACUCUGACUACAAUGCGGUGGGAAUUCAUCCAGAUCAAAGUUUGGUCUUUCUUGUUCAGGGCCAAAAGCUGAUAUCAUAUCACAUGGUUAGUAAGGAAGUGCGUGAUCUCUGCACUCUUGAACAUGGCUAG